AUGGCGACGCUAGGUUCCGAGCCUCUGCAGAAUGCACUCCAUGUACCGAGCGACAAGGGUUCGCAUGAGGACCGCUUUGGGCUCACCUCGCCAUGGGAACACUACUACCGGCCGAUUGAUACCGCGCCUGAAGGCCGAUUCGAAUGCGACCUAGACGAGUUGGUUGUCUUUGGCGAGAUACCAAAAGAGAUCAGCGGAACCUGGUACCGAAUGCUUAUUGACCCUCACUUCUGCCCGCAAGUUGGAACUCCCUUCGUUGACGGGGAUGGGCACGUGUGCGCCUUUCGCAUCCAAGACGGCAAGGUCUCUAUGAAGAUCAAAUACAUACACACAGAGAGAUGGCUUCUGGAGCGCAAGGCUGGUCGCCGCCUCUUCGGCCGCUAUAGGAACCCCUUCGAUAACCACCCGUGUGUACAGCUUGCAAACGACACCACCGGAAAUACGAAUAUCAUUUACUGGGGUGGCAACCUCCUCGCGUUGGCCGAGAGGGGAUUACCAUAUGCCUUGGAUCCGGACACCCUCGAAACAAGGGGUCCCGAUCCAUACGGCGGCCAGACAAUCGCAAAGACCUUUGCUGCGCAUCCGAAGGUCGACCCGCAUAGGAAUGAGCUUGUCACCUGGAGCUACUCUGCCAAAGGCCUUAGCACUCGGGACAUUUGCACAUACUCAAUCGACCCUAGUGGACGUAUCUUCAACGAACACUGGUUCCAGCAGGAUAAGCCGGGCUGGCCGCAUGAUGGCUGGAUCACGGACAACUGGCUUAUUUUGUCGAAUAUGCCAUUCAGCGUGAAUAGCGACGAGGAGAUGAAGGCUGGGGGCGACUACUGGAGAUUCGUUCCAGGCCAGCCAUCCGAGUUCCUCGUCACUCCACGCAACGCAAACGUGCCUGGCCACUCUGGCUGGAAGCCUGGCGAGUUCCGCAAGUAUACAGGGCCCCCGGGCCUAAUCGUCCACACGGGCAACGCAUGGGUGGAGGAAGGCGGGAUCUUGAAACUAGAAGGCCAUUUGAUCAGCUGGAACGUGUUCCACUUCUUUAAUUCGGCGGGCUACGAGGAGCCUAAAGGGGAGAAGCCUAGUGCCAACUGGCUACGUUGGACCGUGGACCUCUCUAAGCCGGAUGAAACGGCCUUGCCACCAGCUGAGACACUCUUAGAGGGCAUCUAUGACUUCCCCAUUUUCGACGAGCGAAUGACAGGCCGCAAGACCAAGAUCGUGUAUCUAGGCGCCAUGAUGAACCCGGAUGGAAACCCUCGCCCUCGGUUCAAUGCAGUAGUCAAAUUGGACACGGAAACUGGCGCGAAAUCUAUCUUUCACGCCGCUGCAGACGGUGAGGUCGCGGAGCCGGCCUACAUCCCUCGAGGACCGGAUUGUGAGGAAGGCGAUGGCUGGAUUAUAUUCUAUCAUGAGAAAGACUCGUCGCCCAAGGGUGAGCUGGUUAUCAUCGACACCAAUGAUUUCUCAAAGCCAGUCGCUAUUGCGCAGUUGCCUUUCCGGACGCGCAACCAGGUCCAUGGAAAUUGGGUGCAGAAUCCUCAUCCUGAAACGCCUUUGCCGUUGAUUACGGGUCCUGCACAAGAUAUCAUUCCGAGCACAAAGUACUCCCAGUUGAAUAGGCUUCCCUAG